AUGUUUUCCUGGUUCCUCCCACCAACAAAAAAAACACUGAGCGAAGAAGAAGAAGUGAGCGAUUCUUCUGAAGACGAUUUCUCAAUUCUCAGCUUAAGAUUCUGGUAAUAAAAAGUAGAAAAAAAAAAAAAAAGCUUUGGAGUUCUUUGUGAGAAUAUAUAUUAGGAUGGAAGACAGCUUUAGUCAGUUGACUGAUGAUAUGCUCAUCAGAAUAUUAUCGUUUGCCCCAAUCAAAGAUGCCGUGGCUACUAGCAUUUUGUCAAAACGAUGGCGGUUUCUUUGGACACUGUUGACAAGGCUUAACUUUGAAGAUAGAUUGGUAUUGGUUGAGGAUUGCAAAUUGUCGUCGGAUUUCAUCUUUGCGGUUUUGCUAUUACACAAGUCACCAGUUGUAGAAAGUUUUCAUCUCACCAGACGUUCUGAAUGUAGCGCUUUACAAAUGGAAUCAUGGGUUAGAUUUGCUGUUGAUCGUUUUGUGCGUGAUCUGAAGAUAGAUUUUGAGUAUCUCAGUGAACAUUGCCGUAUAAGGUUACCGAGUGGACUGUUUAGAUGUGAAACACUGGAGACUUUGGAACUCAACAGGGUGAUUCUUUCGGAAGUUCCUUCUCGGGUUAGCCUUCCAUCCCUCAAGACGUUGCGUCUUAUAUGUCUGAAGUACACAGACGAGGGAUCUUUCAUCAGGCUUGUAUCCAGUUCCCCUGUUCUUGAAGAUUUGGAUGUAUGGAAUUCUAGUAAGGACAAUAAUGGGAAGACUUUCACCAUUAAUGUGCCUUCCCUUCGGAGUUUAACCGUUUUUCAUAUGAUGGAAGACGCUGAUACGAAUGAUAAUGUGUUUGUGAUACAUUCUCCUUCCUUGAACCACUUGGAUAUUUUUGAAGAGUAUGGUAAAUUUAAUAUCAUCGGUGAUUUUCCCAAGGUUGUGGAGGCAAGUCUUGAGAUUGAUAGCCAAGGGAAUGUUUUGGAAUCUCUAACCUUUGUCAAACGUCUUUCUCUGUCCUUAUAUUAUGGGUGAGAACUGGGCGGAUUUGCUUGUGUGUAUGCUCCAACAUUCCCCUAUACUACAGAUUCUCAAGUUUGAAGACGACCAUCCGGGUUGCUGGGAUCCUGACACGGGUUGCUGGAUUCCGCCGAGUUGUGCUCCUGAAUGUUUGUUGUACCAUCUCAAAACCUUUGAAUGUAAAGACUUUGAAGGAACACCAAGACAGAAAGAAGUUGCUAUUUAUAUUUUGAAGAACGCAAGGCAAUUAGUUACCGCAACUGUGAGCAGACAAUUGGAAGAUGCAACCAGGGGUUCAAGAGCAUGUGAGCUUACAAUGGGCUGAAGAGAAAAAAUAGUGUUCAAGGUGGAACUCGUUUCAGCUGUCUUUCUUCAGUGGUUCAGUCCAUAAUUUCGACCUGUAAAAGACUGAAACUUAUUUUUCUGUUGGUCAUUAGUCAAUAUAUAAAUGGUAUUUAAGAUCCAACUAAUGAUUAAGUUUGUUACGUAAA